GUUCAUACAAUCAGUCCUAACAUACAAAACUAGGGUUCUUGUUAUAUCCCAACUAGCAUCGUUUCUUCAAAAACAGCGUUACAUCGUACAAGUGAUUGCAAUGCAGUUCAAAUUUCGGGGACGAAAUUUUUAUAAGGGUGGAGGAAAUGUAACACCCCGACAUUUGGGUGUGGGUUCGACCAAACGGUUGGAUCGACGAUUACGUACGAAGCAUGAAAAUUGUAAAUUAGAAAUAAUAAUAACAUUAAUAAGUAAUGUUAUUAUUAUUACUAUUAUUAUUAUUGUUAUUAUUAUUAUUAGGCAAAAUACAGCUGUAUAUCCACAACUUUCAGCUUUGUGACAAAUAUAUCCACAACUAUCGAAAUACACGAUAUAUCCAAAAAUCAGAGGGUCGUGUGACAAAUCUAUCCGAUUCCGUUUGAAACUUUAACGACGUCUCAGACGGCGUGGAAUACACUAACGGAAUGCUGACUCAAUGCCGUAUCACUUGCCACAUAAGCCAAAAAGCAAUAAAAUGUUACACGUGGAUGCCAAAUAGGCUAAAUGAAUAAAAACAAAAACAAAAAUUCCACUUCCCCUAUUUAAUCCGUCGGGCUCUUCUCUCUUCCCCUUUUCCCCAAUCGAAAAAAUUACGGUUCAUCCUUGGACUUGGUUGUGGUUCGAAUUCAAAAUCGGCGCCGUCGGAGAGGACGUCGCUGCGUGCGUUGAGCAACCUCGUCACCGGCGGUAGUCAAAGACAUCGUCAACAGACAACUUCGCGACACGCAUCACUUCAGGUUGGAGCAAAUCUGAGUUGGGCGAGGUUUGUCUCGAGAUGUCAAAGCGACGAUCUUCAUCUGCGACAAGCAUCAACAGCGGUGGGGUGGUUCUUUGCGAGCACAAUGUUCCCGCUGUCGUGAAGACAUCAGGCACCUCGACCAACCCAGGCAGACAGUUUUAUGGAUGCCCAUAUUGGCAGAAUGUGGAUGGGAAACAGAAGUGUAGGUUUUUUAGGUGGGUCGAGAGGAUUGAUGAUGGAAACCAGGAUCUUGAGGCAAUAAUAAUACAGUUGGAAGAUGCAUUGCGCCUCGCUGAGUCCAAGGCGGAGAGGAGGAACAAGGAGAAAAAUGCGUUGAUCAAAGAUAUGGUUGCUCAAGGAAGGAGAUUGAACGAUGAUAUUUGGGCUAUUCGCUUAAUGAUAGGCAUUGUGAUAGUUUCCAAUGUUUUCUUUCUUCUAUUUUGUGGAGGAACCAAACUUGUUUGUAGAGGAUGGGGGGAAGUAGUCUAUGUAACAGCAGGGUGAUUGUUUUGAAUGUAUUUGAAAUGGACCAAGUAGUCUGUGUAAUGUGCUUUUGUAUAAUGGAACAAGUAGUCUGUGUAAUGUGCUUUUGUAUUUGAAUGUUGUGACUGCAAUGAAAGUUGAUAUUGAAAUGGACCAAGUAGUCUGGAACAAAGUACAUAUUACAAGCAUCCCCUAAUAAUACUACUUGAGUCAUCCCCUAAUACAUAGCAUUCCUAAUG